AUGACAGCUCAUCCCUUCAACCAAAUGUCCACCAAAGAUAGCAUCUCAUCCCCGACCCACCACCAUCACCACCCAACCCAGCUCACAGAAGACGUCACACCGGACCUGACAGAAACCCGACAACACCGGACUGUCCAACACGAACCUCCCAACGGAUACACCGACAUGAACCUCAACGAACUCCCCCCCGUCGGACAAUGUACAACACCCGUGGAACGGAAUGACCUCGCCGACUGA